AUGUCCAUGGAGGAGGUGAAUGAGCAGACACUUAACACCCAAAACAAAAACAGCAGCUAAUUUGUGGAGUGGAUUCCCAACAAUGUGAAAACAGCUGUCUGUCACAUCCUACCCCAGGGGCUAAAAAUGCUGGCCACCUUCACUGGCAAGAGCGCCCUCCAUCCUGGAGCUGUUCAAGCCGUCUGGGAGCAGUUCAGGGCCAUAUUCAGGUGCAAGGCCUUCCUGCACUAGAUGGAAUUCACUGAGGCCGAGAGCGAGGUGAACUACCUGGCGUCCGAGUACCAGCAGUACCAGGACCCCGUGGCUGAGGAUGAGGCUGAGUUUGAGGAGGUGGCUUGGAGCUGUCAGCUACCUGGAAAGCACGGAAGUUAUGUGAACUCUUCACUCACAGCCUGUUCUCUGAUAGCCAUGUCACCCUGCCUGGGCACUUGCCCUUCUUUCUGUCUUAACAUCACAUGCUGUACAGAAGCCACCAGUAAAGCAUUUUCAUAG